UGGGGCUCGACAUGUCACACGAUUGUUCGACUUGAUUACGAUUACAGUGAUCCCGUGUCGUUCCCCCAAAAAGCUGGGGCCCUGCGCGUAUCCUGGUGUAUGGCUUCCUGGCCCCAUUUCAUUACAAUCUCAGUGUGUAAACGCUAGAACUCAUGAUUGGCUCGUUCUGGAACUUGUGCCGUGCUUGCCCCUCGAUGCCUGUCGAUAAGCUUCACUCCGAAUAUAGGAGCACCUAUCGAUGGCACGAAUAUACGGGGCCAAGACAAGAAGUUGUUAGGAGACCUCCCCAAACGAAUGUUACAGAAAAAAGCAACGAUAUUAGUGCAGUAAGAAACAAUGAAGAAGAUUCUUAUUCUACUGAAGCAGGGCAUAAGCCGGAACCUGCAAUGCCUAGAAGAAAAAAGUAUCCCGAUUUAGCAUAUCGGCAUCAUGAGUUCAUAGUAAGUGAUGGAACUAAUGAUUUUGAUAGUGCAGAUAGGGCUAGGUCGGAAGAGCGAAAUGGGUUAGAAUGGAAAUCCUCGAGACGUAGCAAGUCGGAAGGGCCUGCACGGAAUGCCGUUCACGUGGACGGGACUGCUGAACGAGAACGGGAACGUCGAAGGGAAUCUGAUCCUGAUAUGGAAAACACGAACACGGGAAAAGACGGGAGUCUUUUAAGAAAAGCUAUUUCAAAAUUAAGUACUGAAUAUAGACUGCAAUUUGCUUGGCCUCAGGGACACACUUCUCGACGAGAAGCGGCCGGCUUCACUCCUCGCAAGAGCCACUCCAUGGGAGCUUUGAAGGCACGAGCUCAAACGAACGCCAUGGUCCACAAGAAUCGCAUCCACUUGGAAAACAAAGACGCAAGCGAACUAGAACCAUUGGUGGACGAAGGAAAUAAUCGAGAUAAGUGCCGAGAAAGUUUCCAUUCCGAGUAUAAGAAGAAUUAUAGACCGUUUUCUCAAUACGAAUACACCGAAAGAGGAUUCUCAUCAAAAAGAGUUGAUCCAAUAGAAGAAGUUCAAAAACAUCUCGAAAGCGACAAAAACUCAUCCUGGUAUCGAGAAGUAGUUGAACUUCGCAAAAAGGCAGGAGAAUAUAAGCACCGUGAAUGGGGUAGUGAUUUAGCCCCCGAACGACUCACCGACAUAUACAAUAAACAGAUAGAACUGUGGGAUCAAGUUUCUAGAAGAAGUUCGUUAUCAGCUUUAUCGUUAGCCUCAAUGACUCAUAAAAAUUACACGAAAGAAGAAAAAGAUGAUGACAAUAAUAGGAAGAGCUCUCCCACUAAGGCUUAUAGAAACGCUGAAAAUUCUGUUAGAAUGAUCAGAGAUAUUAUACGACACCACCUUGAAAGAACCACUGGAGGAUCAGAAAUGGACGGACUAAUAUUAUCGCCGACUAGAGAAAAAUUAGAACCCACAAUACCGAGAAAGGACGAUGAUUCUAGAGGAUCGCAAAAGAAUAGCCCAAAGAAGAGUUCUCCAAUGAAGUCUUCAUCGUUAAAGAGGACUAAUCAAAAAGCUAAACAAGGUGGGCCAAAGAAACUUCGGUCGCAGUCAGUAGGGCCAACAACCGAAUCCAGUGUAGAAAAAAGAUCGCCUAAGCGCCAAUCUAGAUCAACUACAGCAAAAGAAGGCCGAAAAUCUUCAAGUGAAACUCCAUCUAAUAAAAGACCAAGACCUUCAUCCCUCAACACUGUUUCAUCCCGAUCUAAAUCCACUUCGGUAGUAACAAAACACGAAGAUGAUAGAUUGGCCAAACCAUUGCAAAACCAAAAAACUAUAGAUUCAUCUAAGCAAAUUCAAAAAGUAUCGACUAAAGAUAGAAAAGGAGUUGAUGAAGCCGAUGAAACUAAAACUGAUGCUGUGGAAAAUAAAGAUACCUCCACCAAUGAAGAGUACGACAGUUUAACAUACGAACCUGUAAUCAAAUCGCCUCCGGAGCCUACAAGAGUCAAGUCACCUGAACAGAUUAUAAUGCGUUCCCCUGAUCCAGUAAAUUGGACAGUGCCUUUGGAUACCGGAAAAACUUUUACAGUAACACAAAACGUUCGAGAAGGAGACUUAGGAAGUAGACCCCACAGUGAAGUGAAAGUCUGGACUCCACCAGACAUACCUCCACCCGUGGCCCAAUCAGCUCCACCAACACUUAUCGAACAGUCUAAAGAGCAGGCAGGCUUGUCUUAAUAUGACCUGAGUUCUGCUUUUAAAAUUUGAUUUGAUUACAUUGCUUUAGGUAUUGAUUUUUCAGCGGAAGCAAGAACUCAGGCGCAGGCAAGACCAUUCCAUCACAGGUAUAUUUGUUAAUCUAUAUUAUAACCGAUUUUAUAGAAACUUGAAUUACGUUUAAUUAACGCAAUUACUUUUUCUUAGUUUUUCCCCAUUGUAGUUCAGGAAAACCUACGCCGAUGACCGGAAGAUAUGGAAUUACUUCUUAUUUCAGAUUAUCAGAAUCAUCAAUACAUGAAGACUUGAUACUCCAACAGGGUAGUAGGGCAGAAUUUUCGAUACCUAUCAAUCUAUUAACGUUUUUCAUUUUUAAAUAAAAUCGUGCUACAUCUUUAUAAAAGACCAAAUUUUUGUAUGAAAAUGUAACAUGGUAUUUAUAUUAGUCGAGGCGCGGCGGUUUCUCUUUGUUUGUCAGUGUUAUUACGAACUUACAAGUUAUAGGAUGACCAAUUUUCAUGUUACAAAAAUAUUCCACUUUUGUAUACUGUUAAAAUGUAGGUCUUCCUUACGGAUUUUAAAUGAUUUCCAGUUGGAUCUAGUUCACAAAAUAGGUGUUAGGAAAUAUAUAUUUUGAAACAUGAUAUCAAGUUCCUAUUUAUUUUGCAAAGGGUUCAUAUAAAUGUGUAUGCAUCAAAAAUUACAUUACAGAUAUUUCAUUGAACAUACUACAGAGAAUUUUUUACAUGCUAUACAAAGAAAAAAUUUUUAUUCAGUUUUUUUUUUAAAAGUUGCGUAGCCAGGAUUUUGGAAUGGGGGGGGGGGGCGGGUUUACCAGAGAAUUUGGGGAUCUUCCUACUCUCAGAGUCGGUAAAAAAGGAAUAAUGGUUUUAAAUUAAUACCAAAAGACUGUUUCACUAUAAGUGUUUAUUUUCAUUACAUAAUAACAGGUACAUUUUUGCAAGUUAAAAUCAUUUGUUUUCUCUCCAUUCUAUGUGGUUUUAAAGAAAACUCAUCCAGUACAUCAGUUGGUGUGGUAAUACCGAAAUUUCGUCUAAUGCAGCAUCCUCACUGCAAUCGAUAUCUGUGGCAUACUUGGCAACAAGUUGUUUCACUUCUUUCUCGUCCUCUUCAGAUAAUGUCAAUUUAUCUUUUGUUGGCAAUCGGUAUUGAAAAGAUUUCAAAAUACCUUCGUGUUCAAUGAAUGGUAUGAAACUUCGGGGUUUUUGGUUUCCACAUUGCACCUAAAAGUUUGUAGACCCGCUAGACGUGGGAUACGCAAUUCAGCCUUAGCCUGUACUUGCUCAUAUAUUUUUUUGAACUCGUCUUCUCUCAGUGUCAAUAGUCUGUCUUCAGCUGCAGGAGCGUAUCCCAUUGCAUUUACCAACUCCAAAUGUUCUAAAUGCAAAAAUUGGCUCAAGGGUGCAAGGAUACUAAAUAUUGAAAUGAUACAGUGAACUCUGAGCUUUGAAUUGAGCAUAGCAGUAGAUUAGCAUUAGAGGCAGCUUCACGAUCAAGCCAUUGGUUCCGUUUUUUCGCUAACGGAUUAACAAACAAACAAAAUCUAUGACAAAUACAAUGCAGUAAACGGAAACGGUUAGGAGAAGUCAGUGAACUAUAAGGAAGAAGUGUUUUAAACUACUGACACUGUCGCUCUUAACUUAAGGCGUCGUUAAAGGUUGUGUGGUUGGCCAAACUGUAUAGAAGAGUUGAUCACGGAUCACGUGACUACGGGCAAUAACACUAUUUUGUAUUCUACGUCCUGUAACCGAUAUUAUUGACUUAUUUAUUUACUUUCUUACUCGAUUUUGGGGCCUCUUUUACCAGCUCAAGGGGGGCGUUGUAAUCCGGAGAACCCCCGUGACUACGCCAAUGGUUUUUUAAAAUGUGAAUAAACAAAGAUCUAUCACCGCAUCGCGUCGUGGUGCGACCGCGUGUGUCUUUGCCUUAAUAACGCAAUUAAGUUUCAUUAAAUGGUAAGUAAAUUCAUUCUAAAAAAACAAAAAUCAAGAAGAAAUCAGCAAUUUUAUUUAAAAUUGUUUAUUUAAUGAUUAUUUGAAUCCUUUGCAAAAUAUAUUUUUCUACUGUAUUAAUAUAAAAAGCUUUUGACCGUCACAUUUACAAGGCGUUAAGGCUGUUUUAUCUUAGUAACGUUGAAGAAAUCAGAAUAUUAAUUAAUACAAAAUGUGUACAAGCUUCUAAAUGGAAUCCAUUCAAGGAUUGAAAUAAAAAUAAAUUAUUACGAACCUUUUGGUUAAUAAUCCGUGGAUGAAAUUUUUUUUGGGUGCGUAAGAGAACCAACCUAGCGCCUAGAGUAUAUUAAAAAUGUUUGCUGUCUUUAUUUAGCCAAUUAAAGCUCAGCUUAACCUUUGUAAUAAUAUAGUAGUUCAGUAUAUUUAGGGAUAUGAGUGUAAUGUAAGAAUACAUUAUAAUCAAAUUAAUAUCUUCUAUAUCUCGUUUUUACCAUAAUAGUCCUAGUAGGUUUUCAGAUUAAACAUGAAAUUAAAUAAAUAGUAUUAAUCUAUACUGUAACCGCAAUUCUAUAUAUUUGUGUAAGCCUCAAUAAAUCACUACUUAAUCCUCAAAAAAUUCACAAUCUACUAGGGGAAUUGGUGAAAUUUUUUGAAGUUCGUUUUGCUAAGAGCUACUUUGUGUAAAUUUAGCUAGUUUUAUAACUAAUGAUGUUAUUGGGAAAUUUUCUUUUCUAAAUAUACUGGUCUACAAAUGCUUAACAUUUGUUCCUUGCGUCCAACAGUCAAAAACCGAAUCCGUCAAUAAAAUCGCAGGAAUCUUUGGUUCUUCUUUUUCUUAGUCAGAUCUAUGCGAGUACCUUAAAAAACAUUCCAACACUAGUUCACAUUAAAUCUAACAAAAUGAGGCUGAUUAUUACUUUAAAAUACAACAUUACUGAUCGUGAGAUAUUGAAAAGCCUGUGAUUAAAUUCGCGUCCAUUAAAAUUUAAAACCUGUCUAAUUGAAAACUAAAAAAUUUUUAUAAAAUAUACGAUAAUAAUUAUUUUCUCAGAAUAUGGUACCAACUUCCGUCUAUUAAUUUUGUUAACAAUAUUUUAAAGAAGCUGAUUAAUUGCAAACUUUUGAUAUAAAUUCUAUUAAUCUGACAACGGUUUUUUCCAUAUUUCAACAAUUUUUCAUUAAAUAGUUCGGUCCAUCUUUUAUAUUAUUAUUAUUAUUAUUAUAAUAAAAAAAUAUAUGAUCCAUCCUACUUCAACUGUCCUCAUGCUAUUUUAAGUGCUACAAUUAAAGAAAGGCGUUAACUGGGAAAGGUUAGAAGAAUACACUGAGAAAAGUUUCCUUCGCAUACUUCACGCAUGCCUUCUAGGCCCCUAGUAUAGAAGUGAUUCCCUUUCACCCUUCCCUUUUUUUACUUUCUUUUUCCAGUCCUGAAUUCCUCCCUCUCUCUCUCUCUCUCUCUCUCUCUCUCUCUCUCUCUUAGGUCCUCCACCACCUCUGCAUACCAUCUUUUCCUUGGUCCUCAUUUUUUUCUUAUUCCUUCUUGUUCUAUGUCUAUCAUUUUUUUUGUUGCUCUAAAAUCUGAUAUUCUCUAUAUGUGACCCAGCCCCUCUAUUAUUUUGCUUCUCCAAAUAGAUUCCUUAUUUCAUUAUUUGUUCUCCUCAGCCAUAAACCUCCCUCCUUUUCACCUACUAGUAUUUUUCUUUCCCAUAUAUCUAACUUCUCUGGUUGGUUAAGAAUCCACGUUUCACCUCCGUUGGUCUUAUUGUAUUGUUUAGAUUUAGCUUCGCCUUUUUGGAGAUUAUUUUGGAUCUUAUUAUCGUAUUCAGCGCUCCCAACUAUUUACUUUUCCUCGUCAUGCUCGCUUCCAAAUUUCCUCCCUCGUCACCGUCGUCCAUGAUAAUCACCCCAAGAUAUACAUAACUUUGAACUUGUUCUAAGCCCUUUCUUCGUUCAGUUGUAUUGACAAAACUUCUAUACAUACACUGCGAUAAAAUGUGCAUUUAAUAAAUUUUUUCUGGACAAUAUUUAAUUAGGAAAAUAUUAAUUUUUGUGUGGCGAUUAACUUUCUCUCGCAGUGUAUUUUCUUGUACUUCAGUCAAAUGAUGAAGUUGCUGUUUCUAUGUGUGUGUGUGUGUGUGUGUGUGAAGUUAUUAUGGGUUCCCAAGCUACUCUCAAGUUUUCAAUCUAAUCAUCCACUAAUCGAAAUUGAUAUCCGUCGAUUUAUAUGAUUGUGGUAAAUUAUUAAUUAUUGAAAAUAAUUUCGAAUACACAAAGUUUUAUCAAACUAUGGUUCCUAGCUUUUAGGUUAGAAGUAGAGAUGGGAAUACCGCUUGUGUAGAAUUCACGUGAACUUUUCAGAUUUGAUGAUGACAUCUGUGAUUUUGUGGUGUACACCGGCACAUCAUUUCUACAUUCGUUGAAAUUUAUAGUCGAGGUUUAUUGCUGCAAAAUUUUAUACCAAAAUGAUUACUCACGACAUGCAAUUUAAAAAUGAAAAAUACCAUUGUUCCUUUGCUUAUACUUAAAACUACUGCGACGAAAUAGCUAUACCAAAAUAUCGACCCAUCUCUAAUAGAUGUAUAUUAUUUAAUACAAGGUCAUAUAAAUAAUUAUACGCACGUAAAAGUAUUAAAAUUUUUAGAAAUCUCAUUUGUUUUUAAUAAAACUUAACUUUAAUUAAGUAAAACACACCUCAUAUUCCGUAAAUUAUCUUAUAAUAAAAGUGAUUAUAAAAGUACGAGAGAUGUUUACAAGUGUUUAAAUACAGGGUGUUUCUAUAUUCGACCGACAACGUUCUACCACAGAGAGAUCUCAAUAAAUGAUUCUUUCUGAUAUAGGGAUACAAACCUUUACGGGACCUUAUUUGCUGAGAUAUAGGGUGCUCAAAAUUUUAAGUCAAAAUCAAAAAUUUGCCAUAAAUAAAGAACACCUUUAAAGUAAUAUUUUGACAUGAGCAAAGUUUGGAAAAAAUUAACCAGUGGCCUUUCAGUCAGGGUUAGUUGCCACUUUUAUCCUCCUAUUUUCAACACAACUCGCAAAUUUUUAAUUUUGAUUUAAAAUUUUGAACACCCUAUGUCUCAACAACUAGGUCCUGUAAAGGUUUGUAUUUCCUAUAUCAAAAUGAAUUAUUUAAUGAGAUCUCUCUAUGGUAGAGCGUUGUCGGUCGAAUAUAGAAACAUCCUGUAUAUCAGUGUAAUUUAUCACUUGAAAAUGUAAAAUAAGAAUGACACAAUUGUUAAUUUGCUCGUCUAAAUAUUUCACUUUAAUACAAAUCAAUUUCAAGUACCUAUACCUAGUUAGUUAUUAUUAGGUAUUGGUGUUUGAAUGUUUUUGAAGGUUAUUUCCAGCUCUGUCCUUAGCCAACGCCACACCUAACGUCCCAUUUUUACAAAAAAAUUGUGAUCUCUUAACCAGUACAUUCACGUUUCUGCUAACAAAAAAUUUAAACAUUGUGGUCUAUAUUCAUAUUAUAUUUUUUGUAGAUGCGUUUGCUUGCAAAUUUUAAUUCUUUUAGUGUACAUCGAACGCACUUGUGUAUUAUUUUACUAAAUCGGAAGUAAAGAGUUAUAUAAAGAUUCUGUUAAAA